AUGAAUCAAGAGCAGAAGGCGUUUGUGUAUGUGUGCAUCCAAUGCACGUCACUGAGGGAGAUAAAGCUUAAGGACCCCAUAAGGUGUACAGAUUGUGGGAACCGAGUUCUUAGGAAGAAAAGAACGGAUGAGGUGGUUCAGAUGGAUGCGGUCUGA